GGUGUGGUUGUUCUCAGUUCUCCGUUGCGUACCUGUAGUUUGCACUGACCCUACUGCUUGACGGAAACUGAAAAUGAGUUUUGAUCUGUCUUCAGCUGUUGGAAGUGAUGAGAAGAUUGAGAAGCAAUCUGGCCAGGAAGUAAAUUCAUUCUUUGGAUUUGGAAAGAAGAAAGAUGAAAAAAAGCAUGAAACCAAAGACUGUGACAAGAAAGACAAAGACCAUUGCAAAGGAGAUAAAAAAGACAAGAAACACAAGGAACAUGGUGAAGGACACAAGAAGAAAAAAGACAAGAAGCAUAAGGAAGGUGGACAUGAGUCUGAUUCUUCCGGCUCGUCUUCCUCCAGUGAUGGCGAGGGAAAGAAAAAGAAGAAAGAUAAACACAAACACAAGCACUGAGAACUCCACAGACUGUGAAGCGAGUCGACUUUUCAUCUGACUAAGAAGUGGAAAUCACUAAGUUUUCAGUAAUAUCAAAAAUGGCUUUUAUGGAAUAAAAAAAAUUGACAACCUACAUUCAGCGUACUGUCG